AGGUCAAACGCGCAUGAAACCAACUUUCAGAGCAGAACCACGUGCGCGUGCUACCGGUUCCGCACAGAUCACGGGAUGGCUGUCUCUCGUGACCCACGCGUCUUGUGACGUUUUUUCGGGGGUACAGUUAGCUGUGUCACGAGCGCCGCCGUGCGGUGAGACUCUGACGCGCGUCAGUCUUAUUUUGUGCGCCGCCAUCUUGAGCAGAAUCCGGAUCAUCAUCAUCAUCUGACUGACAUCAAACAGAUCACAGAGCAGCGAUGGCAACGGCACCUUACAACUACUCAUACAUCUUUAAAUACAUCAUCAUCGGGGACAUGGGUGUAGGAAAAUCAUGUUUACUUCAUCAGUUCACAGAGAAGAAAUUCAUGGCAGACUGUCCGCACACCAUCGGCGUGGAGUUCGGCACCAGAAUAAUCGAGGUGAGCGGUCAGAAGAUCAAACUGCAGAUCUGGGACACGGCUGGACAGGAGCGAUUCAGAGCCGUCACACGCAGCUACUACAGAGGAGCGGCGGGAGCGCUGAUGGUUUAUGACAUCACCAGGAGAAGCACGUACAAUCAUCUGAGCAGCUGGCUCACAGACGCCCGAAACCUCACCAACCCAAAUACUGUUAUUAUACUGAUAGGAAAUAAAGCAGAUCUUGAAGCCCAGCGAGAUGUGACGUAUGAAGAAGCCAAACAGUUUGCUGAAGAGAACGGUCUUCUGUUCCUGGAGGCCAGCGCUAAAACAGGUGAGAAUGUAGAGGACGCUUUCCUGGAAGCAGCCAAGAAGGUCUACCAGAACAUUCAGGACGGCAGUUUGGAUCUGAACGCAGCCGAGUCGGGCGUCCAGCACAAACCGUCAGCGCCACAGGGUGGUCGUCUCACCAGUGAACCUCAGCCGCAGAGAGAAGGAUGCAGCUGUUAAUGCCACACACAUUCCUCCUGUCUACAUCAUCAUCACCACACGUGAACACACGGGCGGGGGGAGGAAUGCCAGGCCGGGGCUUCAUUUCUUUCUGUCUUCACUUUCUGCUCUCCCCAUCAGUGUGACUGUUUUUUUCCCAUCAAGCACUAACUGUUGCUCAUGAGUCAGCUGAUAACCUGUCAGGUUAUUUAGAGUGAUUUUAUAACUCGAUAACAUUGUCACGUUCAUUCCUCUAGAGUUACACUUUCAUAGUUUUAUCAAGAUCGUGCGUCAGAUGGCACUUCAGAACUGACUGACCCUCACGUGGGAUCCUCUGUGACAAACGCAGAAUAAUCCAUCAUCAACGCUGAAGCGUGUCAGUUAUGUUGCUUUUCUCAUGUUUGUGAAUGAAAGACACUUUAUGGAAAGAUGUGUUUUAUAAGCGUCUGUGUGUGAAUCUCAUGAAGAGCGUCUAAAGUCACUCUAAAGCCUAGAAAACAAGGAAAAUAGAAAUGAUAUUUUGCAUUGUGACAAUUUUCUUAAUACAUUCCCCUCUCCCAUAAUUCUCAUAACUGUAAAAUCACAGAUUUAUCCAUAAUUGUCAUACCAUGAAUUUCUUUGAAUUCACAACACUUCACAAUUUUUCUGUACGCAAAGCCAUUUCUUCCUUCGAUUAGUGGGUGAAAUACAGUAUUAUCUCGACUGGUUCACCCGUCAACAUGUGUCUGUCUGUCCUUAACACUGAUUAUUAUUUGUAUUGCCUUAUGAUUAAUGUUAUUAUGAUCACUGUUGUUCAGACUUAAUGAUUUUUUUUCCAGCAGUCCGUCUGCUGUGAUGUCAGCUUGUAUAAUAACAGCGUGUGUGUUUGAUGUGACAUCUGCUGUAUAUAAAGCUCCACAACUCUGAUGAUGAUGCUGCUCACUCUUACGGUGUAAAAUGUAAAUGAACUCUUCAUCAGUCGUGGGUUUUGAUUGGAGGACAGGUGGUACAAACUGUCUGAAUGAACUCUUCUCACAGCUCACAUGAAAAAAAAAAAGACGUAGCCGACAUGUAAAGUUAAAGAGCCGUUGCUAACAUUUGAAAUCUGUUCUUGUGUGUAUAUGAUUUUAAAAUGUUGACAUUUUGAUUUGAAUGACAAUAAAACUGCAACAGAAAUAACAAAAGUG